AUGCUAUCGAGAAAUUCCUCAGAAGACCUGCCUGGGUCGUCUGGUAUCUUUGCUUCGAUUCUCGGGUGUUUCUCGUCAAGGACGAAGGACGAUGGACGCAAGAAUGGAGAAAGGUCUCACGGCAUCGAGCGUGAACUACAUGUCCACACCCGGCGGCCUCAUCUGGUUUCGCCCAUGACCCUCACCGUGUUUCGCGAGCUCGACGAACUCCCGUCCAUAACGACCGGCCCCCCACCGUCACAACUGUCCAAAUGGGUCUCGAACGGUAUGACGAGUCUGAGAGGGAGCCUGUCAUCCCAAAGACGUGGCGUUUCGACGCAAAUCUCGAGACCGCUCCAGUCGACGGCCAUGCCCGCGACUCGGGUCCAAUGUCCAGGUCCAACGCCGGAGCCCCUCGAACUCGCCAUCCACAAGGGUGGCAACCGCCUCUCCGACCUACCGAGAUUCGAUCGCCUGAGCUUCACCGAGGACGGAGCGAUCAAAGCCCCGGCUCGGACCAUGACACGCACCCGGUCGGAAUGUUUCGCCCGUCUCGAGGUCUCGGCCCCUGCCUUGGCCAAGGCGGUGUCGAUGAUCGACCGGCCCAGACCCGGGGACAUGCGCCUGGAUGAAGUUUCGUCGACGGUCGUACCGACCUCUCGUCCCGCUUCCGAACACGAUGCCUUGCACUCGCACCCCGUGUCGACGGCGUCCCUGCCAAUCCUCCCACCUCCUUGGAGUGUCCAGGUCCCGGUCGAGCCGACGAGGUCUGGGCCCGUGGAGGCGGAAGCAUGCGGCAAGUACCACCGUCAUCCAGACUGCCGCGUUCAGAGGAGGGUCUCUCGGUGGUUGGCCACCAAUCACUCGUCGUCGUGGGACACUGCAAAGUCCCCCGAACGGCGACGGCGAAGGGCCACCUUCUACCAGCCCUCGGCGACACCACGGACUGACGCGCAACGAGGGAUGAGAUGUCGCCAGCGAACCUCCACAGAGUCGACGGUAGUCAGUACCGCCGGGACUGACUCGUCGGUCGCGUUCCAAAACACCACCAGCACGACGACCGUGACAACCAUGGGCUCUCCACUUGAAAGCGGUUUUGCCGAUGGUGCCAAUCAGGCCAUCAGACCCACGGACAAAGACCCUCUGGGAAAUUCACCCUCAUCCGCAGAGGCUGUGGACGGAGUCGUCGACGCCGUCACGGUGGAUGAGCAUGGAGAGGCCGCAAGGGGUUCGGAUGUCGGAGUGGCUUUUUAA